AAUCAGAUCAGACCAAAGUCUUAAGGUAUCUGCUUUGGUUGCUCAAUUAUAUAAGCAGUUAACUCAGCGUCCACUUAAUCUCCCACUUCCUCUCUUCACAAAAAUCACUGCCAAAAAGUAACGUCUCGGUGAUGGAAUUUUGGGUUCCAUAGUGUUCAAAAUGCUUUCUUUAAGGGAUUUUUGGAGAAGGCAUAGGAGGAAGAUUUUUGUUGCAACAGGUGUUUUAGGAGGUGGGUAUGUUCUGUAUAAGCUAUAUGAUUCUCAGCGUAGGCUUGCUGAUCUGGAGAGACAACACCGUGAGCAUGAUGAAGUCAUUAAGGCCCAAAUGGAAGCCCACUUUGAGAAGGUUCAACGAAUAGCUGAUGCGACAACGUUGCCCCAUGCAAUUCACUAUUUAAGCAGUCGGAUAGAGGAAGAGCUGGCCCUUUCUGAGCUUACUGAUAAGUUAAUGAGAGGAAAGAAGCAGCCCAGCUCCUUGUCCCCUUCAGAGAAACUUGAGCUAUGGGACAGACUGAAAAUUUUAGGUUUCACAAAAAUGGUGGUGUCACUAUGGUCAGUGACGAUACUGAGCUUAUAUAUUAGAGUUCAGGUUAAUAUUCUAGGGAGACAUUUAUAUAUUGAUACUGCUCGUGGCCUUGGAAGUUCUCAGUUACCUGAAGAUGAUGAUUUCAUUGACAGGGAUGACCAGCAAAAAUUUCUAGCAAGUGUCGAUUUUCUUGCUAACUAUGGCUUGCAGGCAUUGAUUUCUAAUAUUCAGGCAGCAGCAACCAAUGUUAUGAAGGGAAAGCAGUUGAGAGAUUUCUUCGACACUCGAGUGCUUCAUGAAACUGUGAUGCAAAUACUUGAGAUGUUCAUGAGCAUGGGAAGUUCUCAUCAGUGGGUUGAUUUCUUGAUGCCUGCAGAUGCCAGGCUCUACAAACUAGCUACAGCCUCCGGCCACGAAAACACAACUCUUUCUGAUGUUACCAAAUUUGAUCAGCUUAUGGAGGAGACUCGAGCUGUCUUAUUGAGUGCCGAAUAUAGUAGUAUUGUUGAUAUAUCAUUCAAAGCAGCGGUUGAUGUCCUGGUGGAUGAAAUGAGUGUUCAAUCUGGAGGCAGUCUUAUGACAGGGAUGCCACUGGCCAAACUCGUGCCUCGAGUCAUACAAAUGGGCCCAUCGCUGCUGGAUGAACCAAGCAAAAACAGGUUCAUCCAAGUCAUCAGAAACAUACCAGAAGUUCAACUCUUCUUCACACUUCUGUAUGCAAACAUGUCAACCUAGUAGAUUAGUGAGCUUGGACUGUACUUAUUGUGGACAAGAGAGACAUGAAUGUAAAAAAGUUGAAUGGGGGCUGGGAUUCCAUUCUCAAGAUUUCAAUGUGAAAAGGAAUGAAGAUUUCUGCAUUAAUUUGUAAUUCUUUUCUCAUCUCAAUAUAUUGUUGAUUACUUUGUGAUGUUAAAUUGUCCCCGUUAAACCCUGUCAAAUGAUGAUAGUAUAAGAUUUUUAUGUCAAGGGUUUUACCUUGGUGUAUUGUUAUUGGCUUCAUAA